AUGGGAGGUUUCACCGGGAAAAUGACAUAUCUUAUGAGGAACUUCUUGAUGAACUUCUGCAAGCUAAUUUGUUUGGCGAUAACCUUACCUCUCCAACUAAUGGAGUUUUUGGGCUUAUAUGGCAUGUACAAGCGUUUGUUUCCGCUUCUUGCUUACAAUAUCACUUUUUCAUACAAUGACAAAAUGCACGAAAACAAGAGGAACCUUUUCCGAGACUUGUGUAAAUUCUGCAACACGGAUGGUACACUUCGACUUCUGGAGAUUGGCUGCGGUAGUGGGGCCAACUUCAAAUACUACCCAUACGGUUGCACGGUCAUUUGCACAGACCCCAACCCUUACUUUGAGAAGUACCUGCAGAUGAGUAUGACAGCAAGCGACCACCUGACCUAUGAAAGCUUUGUGGUUGCCUCAGGAGAGGACCUGACGACAGUGCACGAUGAGACAGUGGAUGUUGUUGUCUGCACGCUUGUGCUGUGUUCUGUCAACAAUGUGCCACAGGUACUGGAAGAGGCAAGACGGAUACUCCGAAAAGGUGGUGCUCUGUACUUUCUGGAGCAUGUAGAGUCAGACCCCUCCUCUUGGAUAUACUUCUUCCAGCACAUGCUCCAGCCCAUGUGGUACUACCUGGGGGACGGCUGCAUGGUUACCAGGGCAACGUGGAGAGAUCUGGAGGCUGCUGGGUUCUCAGAGAUCCAGCUCCGACACAUUGAGGCUCCGCGGGUCACUUUCAUGAUCAAACCACACAUUCUUGGAUAUGCCAUCAAGUAAACGUUUCAUUCAACUGUUAAAGUCAAACUGUAUUUUUUUAAAUCUACAUAUUUUAUACUUUGACUAACUUUUCUAAAAAGAUUUGAGCAAUAUUAAGCAACUGUGAAUUAAAGUCACUUCCUGCUAUUCACACCUUAUUUGCCAUUUAGUUUAUGAAUUAAUGAAAUUGACUAUGUUGCAGUAACAGAGUAGCUAUAACUGUAUACUACUACUCUCUACUCAGCCCACUUCGACCUUGGUGGCUUGAGGUCCCCAGUGGAGAUUAGCUGUUGAUUGUGUUUUUUAUAGUGUUCUCUGUGGGAAGGUCUUGUCUUCUAUAGCCAGUAGAAGCGCUCUAUUCUACUCUUUGUUUAUGUACAGCUCUUCACUCCAAUGUGAGGCCUCUGUCGAGAAUAGCAUUUACACCAAUACAGUCAUUAAUUUCGCAGGU